AUGUCUGAAAUUAUGACAACCACAUCAAAGUACAUGACGUCACUGAAAGUUGAUUCUACUGAAGCGAUAGUUUGUUCAUCAACUCAGUUCACCUGUAGCGAUGGACGUUGUAUUCCAUUGGGUUUCCAAUGUAAUGGUGUCAUUAACUGUGAUGAUAAUGCCGAUGAAAUCGGCUGCCAAGAUUGUGGUGAAGACGAGUUCACAUGUAAUGAUGGAAGCUGCAUUCCUGCGUCAUAUGCGUGUGAUAAUAUACUGGACUGUCAAGACUAUUCGGAUGAAAUUAAGUGUGAGACAUGUGCCAAUGACGAGUUUCGAUGUCUGAGUCGAAUUUGUAUAGAUGAGGCACUUAUGUGUGAUAGCAAUCAGGACUGCCAUGGUAGUUCCGCACGUACCGACGAGUCGCAUUGCCACGGUUGCGGUAACGAUACUUUUCGUUGUCAUGACAACAGGUACUGUAUCGGUAAUGACUUUGUGUGUGACCGUAUAAUCGACUGCUGGGAUUCUUCUGAUGAAUUCGGCAGACAGUGUUCAUGGUGCAAUGUGACUCAAUUCAAUUGCGACGAGACUAAAUGCAUCGCAUUGUCCAGUAUAUGUAAUGGUGUAAGCGACUGUGAGGACAAUGCGGAUGAGACAGACUGUGAUACCUCUUGCGGGCCUGGGAAAUUCAAAUGUAAUGAUGGUUUCUGCGUUCGAAUAGACCGGACUUGUGAUAACGUUUUCGACUGUCCUGACACCAGUGAUGAGAAUGCGACUUACUGCGCGAUAUUCAAUUAA